AUGGCGUCUGAGACAUCUUUUCAAAGCAUUGAAUGCUUUGAAUGUGGAAAUCCACGCAAUAAUUUAUGGUGCUCCUGUGAAACCGAAGCUUUUAUACGGAAUUUUCAUAGAUGGACAAGUGGCAACAAAAUGCUAGACAAAAUCAUUCAAUAUACCCAACGUCAUGCAAGCAAAGAUGUUGGUUACCUUGAAUGGAUUCCAUUUGAAAAUAUUGACUUUAUAGAAUAUCGUGCAACAGGCUCUUUUAGUACCAUUUAUAGUGGUUUAUGGUUAGAAGGCCCUAGAUGGAAUUGGGACGAAAAAAACGCCGAUUGGCUUAGAAAUGGUCCAACAAAAUGUGCUUUAAAAAGAAUAGAAAACUCUAACCAAAUGAGAAGAUCUGUUGUUGAUUGCUUCGGUAUUACACGUGAUCCAACUGGUUGCUAUAUGUUUGUAAUGAGACUUUGCGAUGAAAAUUUAUACCAAUACAUUGAUAAAUCUAUGGGUUAUCAUCGUUGGGAAUGUAUUGUUGAAAUGCUUCGUGGAAUUAUUGAUGGUCUUAACCGAAUUCAUGAUAACGGGCUUUAUCAUGGUAAUCUCCACGGUGGAAACUUGUUAAUCGAAUAUACGUCUGGAGGCAUCAGUAUAAGAAUUUCCGAUAUCGGAUUACAUGGUCCAGCUAACAAAACUGCUUCUGCAACAUAUGGUGUUUUACCAUAUGUAGCUCCAGAAGUAUUAAAAAGUGUUGAAUAUACACAAGCCUCUGACAUAUAUAGCUUUGGAAUAAUUAUGUGGACAUUAUCUGCAUGUAUGCGUCCUUUUUGCCGAGUUCCUCAUGACCUUAAUCUUGCUAUAAGUAUAUGCAAUGGAUUACGUCCUGAAAUUAUUAAUAACACUCCAGAAGCAUAUUCGACAUUAAUGAAAAGAUGCUGGCAUCGAGACCCAAAUAAACGACCGAAAGUUACUGAAUUAAGCAAUAUUUUAAAUCGCUGGGUAACUGCGAUUUAUGAUGAUCCUAUCUCAAACUUAUUAAAUGCUGAAAAUAACGAUAUG